CAAGUGCACCUGAGUCAAGUUAGUUCAUAAAAUGCGGAGCUCGAGUAAAGUCGCCAAGAUCGGAGCAGUUCUAGUGAGCUUUAGCCUACUGUGCUUAGCACACGUAGCUGCCACUACAGAAGACUUCGAUAUUAAGGAGGACUAUGAGUUUCCAGAAGCGUUUAAAUUUGGUGUAUCGACGGCCGCAUUUCAAAUAGAAGGAGCGUGGAAUGAAGGAGGUAAAGGCGAAAGUAUGUGGGAUACAUAUAUCCACGAACAUCCUGAAUAUACUCUAGAUCAUUCUAAUGGAGAUAUAGCAGCGGACUCAUAUCAUAAAUAUACUGAAGAUGUUAAAAUAAUCAAAGAUCUUGGAGUAAAAUAUUACAGAUUCUCAUUUUCUUGGCCACGCAUAUUGCCACAAGGGACUGAUAAUAAAAAAAGUAAAGAUGGUAUAGACUACUAUCAUAAACUACUAGAAGAACUAAGGAGAGCCAAUAUUACUGCAGUAGUCACUUUAUUCCAUUGGGAUAUGCCUACACCUCUAAUGGAUCUUGGUGGAUGGAGCAAUCCUAAAAUGGUCGAUUAUUUCCUGGAUUAUGCAAGAUUUGCAUUCGAGGAAUUCGGAGAUGAAGUUAAAAUUUGGACCACAAUGAAUGAACCACAUCAACAUUGUUAUAAUUAUUGUUAUUAUAUUUUUUCGGUAUUGCAAUCAGGAACUUAUGCACAUUAUAUGCUAUUGGCUCAUGCUAAGGCAUAUCGUUUGUAUGAAAAGGAAUUUAAGCCCCGUCAAAAUGGGAGAGUUGGUAUAACACUUGACGCUUUUUGGGCGGAUCCAAAGAACAGCACCGAUCCUCUAGAUAUAGAAGCAGCUGAACGAUAUCGCCAGAUGCGUUUGGGUAUUUAUGCUCAUCCAAUAUACUCCAAUAUUGGCGACUACCCUCCAUUAGUUCGUGAGAUUAUUGAUACCAAUAGCAGAUUACAAAAUUUUACAAGAUCUCGAUUACCAGUAUUUUCAAAAGAAGAAAUCGAAUUAUUAAAAGGGAGUUCUGAUUUCUUCGGAUUGAAUCACUACACUACAUAUUUAAUGUCACAUCCUACCAUUAAUGAGACAUGGACUAUUCCGUCCUGGGACCACGAUACUUUUGUUAGAAUGGAACAAAAUCUAGCAUGGCCGAUUCCAGGUGCUGAUUGGCUUUCGGUAUAUCCACCAGGUUUUAGAAAACUUUUGAAUUGGAUUAAGAAUAAUUACGGCGAUGUGCCAAUCGUUAUUACUGAGAACGGUAUGUGUGAUUUUGGUGGCCUUAAGGAUUACACGAGAGUAUCGUACUACAAUGAUUAUCUGUACCAAGUGUUAUUGGCGAUGUAUAAAGAUAAUGUAAAUGUUGAGGGAUACUUUGCUUGGACUUUGUUAGACGACUUCGAAUGGACAGACGGAUAUGCAACAAAGUUUGGGUUAUAUGAAGUGGACUUUGACAGCCCAGAGAGGACUCGAAGGAAAAAGUUAUCAGCCGAUAACUAUAGAAACAUAGUAGAGAAGAGGAAAAUCGAUUUUGACUACAUCAAACAACCUAAGAUGAAAAAGUUGCCAUACCAAACGCCAGAAGAAGAAAAUACUGUGUGAUCGUACAUUUCUGUGAUAAAUAGUUAAUUAUACAUUAUUAUUAUUAAAUUAUGUGGUUUAUUUGAUUAAGAUGGUAAAAUUAUAGAAAUAAAUUAAAAAAAUAUAUUUAUUAGAGUUAAAAUUUGUGAAUACGGAACAAUCA